GUUUAUAAAAAUAUAUUAUAGUAACUAGUAGUCUAUGAUAUUUACGAUGUGAUCCAAUCUGUACUUAAAUGAUUUUAUAAAAAACGUAAAUAUUCGAUUAAUUUUCAAUGCCAUGUACCUAUAACAAUACAAUUACUAGUACAUGCGUUCUACGAUUGCCAAGUAUAUGAUCAAGUGUAACAGUUGGUGAUAAUUUCGUUUUAAGUAUAGGCACGAUACACACGUAUAAUAUAUAUUAUAUUUAUAUACCUACCUAAUAUACAACUGCUGACACACUGCACGUUUAAAAGAUUGCGAAUUGUUCAAAGGAAGUCAUACGAAACACAUAUAAUGUACGACUACACUCUUUUGGUUGAAUUAUACAAAAAAGAAAAAAAAUUUCAGAAAGUUUACACUACGUUUCGGCCUAACUUAAAAGCAUCACCUGUAACGGGGAAAUUUUAUGCUCGCCACGAAGCAAAUGUCAAUCAAGGUGAACCAAAUGAUCACUACAUAAAACUUUUAGCACAAGCUAAAUCUUUAGGGCCAAAGAAUAAAUUUUCUUCUCCAAAAACUGAAAGUCAAAGGUAUGGAUGGUACGAUAAAACUUUCAUUCCACGAAAAGAAGAUAUUUUGAUGUUUCCACACAUAGAAGCUCCCGAAAUUAAAUUAGACAUUAUUCUAAAGCAGAAUUAUAAAAAUGAAGUACCAUUUAGCGGAAUACCUUUUAAAUUGUAAUAAAAAAAAUUAUAAGACCAUAGA